AUGGCUGCCGUGGUUGGCAUGAGAAGAUCUCUCGCCAAGCAAGGGAAUAUUGGCAAGACCAAGUCGGCUUCCUCCAGCACCUCAGUAUCAUCUUCAGAGGGAGCCACAACUAAUAGUGAUAACAGUGACGGCUCUAAUCGUAACAGCCAAAGUGUUCCCGGCGCUCUUUGCGACCAGGGUGAGGAAGACAAUGUGCUAAUGUGGAUAGAUCCGUUACCGGCAAAGCCUCCGGCCUACAGGAGCUGUAAUCCCAACACGCGCGUACGCUUUCCUGUAUUCGAACGCUUGGACAACGGACUUCUUCCUGCUUACUCUCCUGCAGUUGAAGAGAUUACGGUUGUAUCAAUGAAACUGGAGUGGAUAUCGCCUUAUGAACCUUCUCCUAGUCGGGGCUGGAAAAACUUCAUUAUGGAAAUUAACUCAACACAACUGAAUUUUUACUACAUAGACCCUUUUCUAACAAGAGGGAUUAAGAACUAUUGCAAUGGUAGAGGUCAUUUUGGCGGUGACGGGGACUUGCCAAUGGAAUUUGAUUCUCAUCAUUCCAUUUUCUCGUCACUUGCCUCCAAGAACACUUAUCAAUUCAACAAGUACGACCAGGAGUGGAUGAGCAGCAAGAUUAAGGCGGAUAAAGCUAGGUUCUUAUCUGAUGAUCGACUUUUCCGCUCUUAUUCGUUGCAAUUUGCGAAAUUUGGCAUUCCUACUGAUUAUAAUCGCAAAACUUUUGUUUUAAGACUUCGCUGUGAACUAGAACAGUUUAUACUAAGCUUUGCUCAUGUGGACGAUAUGAUUUUGUGGAGCAUGUACCUGAGCAUUGGCAUAGGAGUUUCCCUCGAUCUAGAUUUUAGGGAGUUUCCGAAUUAUAGAACUGUGCCUCGUCGGCGUAGGCGCAGGAGAAGAAAAAGACAUAAUCCUCUUAUAUCAAGGUUGGAUGGCAAUUCAAGACCUACCACUCCUAGAAGAAAUACUACUGAAGACGUCACUGUUUUUGGUCAGUCAGUUGCUCAGCGGAGGCUAAGCUCGGGAUUGGCGAAGUUAAGCCCCAAAAACACCUCUUCUGGUAACUCGCUUAUGUCCAAGUCAUCCCCUAGCAGUCGGAGGGGUAGCGACAGCUCCAUAAAGUCAAAGCUCAAGAGUCUCUUCAGCUCUGAAAAGAAAAAUACAAUGCCCAUUUGUAGACAUACACACUCAAGAACUAAAAGUAUUGGAGCACUCAAUUCUGUUACAGAAGAUGAUGAAGAGGAAGAUCCGCUGGCUUCUCCAUCAUCUGUUUCAGCCUUGCCUAAGCAUGCAGAUCAGCCGUCGAGACCGGUCUUGGAACAACGUUCUAAGUCGAUGGGGCCACUCAGUUCCCAGAGUAAGCCCAAGAAGAAUGCAGAAGUAUCUGAACUUUCAUUUCAGUCAUCAAUGGUUCCAGAUAUUAGCAUUUCCCCAUGUAAUGAAUCUUCAACUGACGGGGAAACUACUUUAUCUGGUGAAUUACAAUCCCAUCCUGACUGUCAUCACAGUUUGUCGUUGCAGCAUGAGCUAGAAGAAUUGCAGCAAGUCAUCCAAGAGCAUAACGAUCAGGGAAAUGAAGACGACGAUGUCCCUGAACAGGAACAUGGAGAAGAGAGUGACGAAGAGGAGGAACGGGAUGAGCUUGUGAGCAACGAAAUUGAGGAUGAUGAUGAGGACAUCGAUAGCGUGCAGAGGAAUGAGGGCACCAGAGCAUCUUCCAUUUAUCAAGAAGAAGGCAUUUUCCAUGACAGUGAUGAUGAUUACUAUUACGUUGUUGAUCGCAGAGCGGACUUUAGACGUCGUGCCUCCUCCGUAACGAGCAACUUGAGCAGUACCCCUUAUGGUAGUGAUGAAGUCAAAUGGAAUCCACCAAGGAAGGAGCUUUCGAGAAGAAGAUAUAUAAGAGAUUCGUUGCGUUGCAUAAAACCAUUACCAGAAGAUGAGGAAUGGUUGGGAAAAGUGGCAGUUCGAGCAUCUCCGCCGCCGGAAUUUAAGACGAAUAAUCCACCACGGUCUGGAUUUUUCAAUAAUUCAAAUGGUAAAUCAGGCUCUUCGAGGUCCAGACUAAGUACUAGGUCGAGCACCGAAUCGAGCUUGGUUUUGAGUAAAUGUAAAAACCAUUAUUUAAGGCCGUUCAUUGUGGGGCCGGUCGGACUUUUGAAGACAAACGCCAGAUGA